GCCUUGUAAACCUAUAUGGACGGGGACUUGGCGAAGGAUCUAGACAGCUGAAAAACGGAAUUAAGGACCGUGGCGUGUGGGAUGGUUAGCUGAGUAUAUGCUCUGGCUAGAACUGAACUUAGGACCAAGGACUCCGUUUGUUUUUAUUAUUGAGCAACGCUGAAAUCUACAACCACGCGCGCAGAUACCUUGUGGUUUACCCUGUUUUUAUGCUUGAGUGUGGGGCGCUAGAUAGCCAUCUCCGUGUUGUAAAAUCUUCAGUGUCCAAAGUGCAUUUUUCCCCCUUCUGGUUUGCAAUCUUUUAGUAAUUUUUUUUUUGAGCGGUGCAAUCUUUUAAUUGGGUGGGUUGAUCAUGGCCGCCAGCACCUGCGGCCUGCGUAAGUCCAAAGCCCAGCCCACGUUGUCUUUUAAGACUUAGCCCAGGCCAUAUAGACUAGUGCGCGGACCAGUCGGUCCAAGCCAACCGAGGAGCCGAAGCGAGGGUCAAAAAGCCCACUGACCCAGCACUCUGCCACGCAAUCCGUUCGGUUCCUCUCCACUACCGAAGUGGAGUUCCCACGCCACGCACGUCUGCCCGUUCGAGUUCAACAGCGUUACUUUCUUAGCAACCGUUCCGUUUCGUUUUUGGGGCCUUCCGACAAGUACGCCGCGCCCUGAAGACUGAAGAAGAUCCACCGGCCCAUCGAUGGGGUCGGACGACGACGACGACUGGCGGUGCCGGCCGCUGGGGUUCCUGAUCGGGCUGCCGUUCGCCGUCCUCUCGCUCGCUCUCUCCCUCGCCGGCGCCCUCGUCUGGCUUCUCGGGUCGGCGGUGAGCUGCGUGUGCCCGUGCUGCGUGUGCUGCGCGGCGGCGGCGAACCUGGCGGUGGAGCUCGUCCAGAUGCCGGUCAAGGUCGUGCGCUGGUUCAUCAGGCUGAUCCCCUGCUAGCCCUGCUAAAUGAGGCUUCUGAUAAAUUAGUACAGCGCCAAGUUCAAAUUCCUUCCUCAUUUUGUAGCAGUAAUUUUCUUGUCUUUUCUUCGUUUAUUACUUCUUCUCCUAGCACGUGUGACGGGAGAGCUUGUCGUCCUAGGGCUUUGAAAGGAAACCAUAUAUGUACUUACGCUGGAGACUUGAGUCCGAACUGAACUACUCCGUAUAUAUCACCUGAACUUCAGAACUUGAACGCCUUUUCUUGUUU